AUUGACCUAUAUGUUGCUCAAGAUGUAUACUUCGUUUAACCUCCCGCGAUAAAAUGUACGGAAAAGGUUUAGCGAGAGCGGAGCAACUUUUAUCGGUCGCCGAUGAAGCCCAAAACGACGGAUUUCAACAAACCAAUACCCCACGAAUUAACCAUAGUUUCAGACUGCAAUCAGAAUGGGUAAACGCAAGGAAAUUAAAGAUAACGAUGUCGAAAUGGGCGGCACAGACCCCCGCGUGGACGGCGAUGAGUCCGACGAGGACAUGGAUAUUGUGAAUGUCGAUUUCGAAUGGUUUGACCCUCAACCAAUCGAUUUCCACGGCCUUAAGAUCCUCCUUCGCCAGCUCUUCGACUCCGAUGCCCAGAUCUUCGACAUGUCCGCUUUGUCGGACAUGAUCCUCGCGCAACCGUUGCUGGGAUCAACGGUGAAGGUAGACGGUAAUGAGUCGGAUCCGUAUGCCUUCUUGACCGUGCUCAAUCUCCAGGAACACAAGGAUAAACCCGUCAUCAAAGACUUAAUAUCCUACCUCCAGCGUAAAGCGUCAUCGAAUCCCGACCUCGCCCCUCUUUCCCAACUUCUUUCCCAAACACCUGUUCCUCCGAUCGGAUUGAUUCUUACCGAGCGAUUGAUCAAUAUGCCUGCCGAAGUGGUUCCUCCGAUGUACACCAUGCUGAUGGAGGAGAUUGCGUGGGCUAUUCAAGACAAGGAGCCCUACAAGUUCUCGCACUACCUGAUUGUGUCCAAGAAUUAUGAGGAGGUCGAAUCGAAGUUGGACAUGGAGGACUCGCGGCCACAGAAGAAAAAGAAGAAGUCGGGUGACAAGGUUGAGAAGUUCUACUUCCACCCUGAGGAUGAGAUUCUUGAGAAGCACACGCGGUGCUUCGGGUCUAUCGAGUAUACGCAUAAGCAUGAUGAGGGACACUCGGAUUCGAAGCGCGCGUUCCAGGAGCUGGGUAUCAGGACUAAUGGAAGUCUGAUGUUGUUCGAUGCGGAUAAACUCGAGGGUGCAAUCAACGAGAUGAAGGAGUUCUUGCAGCCUCCAGUAUGAGGCUGAUGGUUACGGCAUGGUUUUAUGAAGUUAGAAAAAAGUUCCUCUGCGCUUUGUCCAUAGCGUGUCUAUAUCCGAUUUUUGACAAUAUAUUAAUAACUCUAUGGUUUCCUUUGUUGGGGG